AUGGACCUCCCUUCCGAAUUUGAAGCCAUGCUCCUUGACGCGAAGCAAUUCGCCGCAUACCCGCAUCUCGAAGCUCUCCUAUCCAUGGUGAACGAGGCGUUCGACAUUCGCCAUAGGGAAUCGUUUGCGACGCAUGAACAGGGGAGAUUUGAAAGUUUAGAAGAGUUAGUCGAAAGCUUAGACGCCGUGGGAAGAUGUUGCAUCAUCACGCAAACACAAAAAAAUCAGGCCCCGAGGAUAGUUGCCUGUAGCAUAUUAAAGGCAUAUUUCGAAUGGGACCCUGCCUCGGACCCAGCGUUGAAGAAAGAAGAUGCUCGAGAUAUUUCCACUCAGAAUGGGGUGAACGGGACAAGCGAGCCACGCGAACCUCCAGGCUCCGAAACAAACUUGACACUUGCCGCCCUAAAUGCAAAAAAUGAGGACCCUGAUAUGGAUUUCAGGUCCGUCACGGACUGGGAACUCGGGGUUGUGGUCGUCCGUCAAGAUCCCCAAUUGAGCAAGCUUGGUCUCGCUGUCCGAUGUGCCGCGCUGCUGGAACAAGAUCUCCUGGAGCGGUUAGAACGGGCCGAGAAGGAGGAUGCUAACGGCGCGAUCACUCCGGUGGAUCAACAGAAGCCGUUGACGUUCUGGGUAAAAACAGCGGCGAUAGUCAAUGGGUCGUAUUGGCACAGGCGCGGGUAUGAGACUAUUCGCACGAGGAUAUUUCCCGAGGGGUACUGGGGGGCAUAUAGAGAAUUUGAAGUCGCAUGGAUGAACAAGUGUAUUCCACGUCGGGCGGUUUCUGAUCUAUCUACACCUGUUAAUGAUGUAACUAUUGUCAAUUUCAGAAAUGGUGAUAUCUCGGACAAUAGCCAAUCACUCUAA